GCCUAUUAAGGAAAGGCCUGGCUCUUAGUCCAUACGUAUGAAGAGUCUCCCAGGCGUCUCGAGGGCGUAGUUGUCGUCCAUUUUUCCAGACUUUCAGACCGACUCAGUAGCCAUAUCCUCCCUCUCCCCAUUUACAGGUAACAGAAGCCACAAACAUUGUCACAAUGGAAUUGGCGGACAAGGCCGUCGGAUUUCUUUUAUCCUACAUCAGUUUGUCGAUAUUCACUUACUACACAUUUUGGGUGAUUAUCCUGCCGUUUGUAAACAACGAUCACUUCAUCCACCGGUAUUUCCUCCCACAAGAGUACGCCAUACUAAUACCUGUGUUUGCUGGCAUGGUGCUUCUCUGCUUUUUAUGCAUUUUCAUUGGAUAUGUCAUGUUAAAAUCCAAAAAGAAGAAAGCUUGAUGACAGUAUUUCCCCCACUUUUAGUUUCUUUUCAUUUCUUUGGAGCCGAAUCCAAGUGUUUCUGAAAUGAUCAGAUACUGAUUACCUUUCUUGUUCAGUUUUUCUGGAUCAUUUCUAAUUCACUUUUCUAUACCCCUUUAUCGGUGAUUUAAGUGCUCGUUUUACAUUAAGGCCUCGUUUGGUGUCUUGGACCGGAGUGGAAUCGGUAACCCACAAUGUUUCAUGUAUGUUGAAGGGGGUAGUGAUUUCGGAAUGUUUCAUAUAUCAUAUUAUGUCAUGAAACUAGCUGUGAAAAUGCAGUUAUAUCUCAAUUGUUUCGGUGUUGAAUGUUC